GCUACUACUACUACACCAGUGCACUACGGUCUCGUGCUCCGGAGAGACAGGCCAGCCACAGAGAGCGAGCGAUGCCUCCGAGCGCCGGCGAGGUGGCGCGGCCGCAGAGCCCACUGCGCGCCAUGAUGCCGCAGAGCCCGCUCCGGAUCAAGCAGGGCGGCAAGUUCUACGAGCGGCUGCUCACCAAGGAGAGCUCGGCGGCCAACCCGUCGUUCCGGUACUACGGGGCGGAGCCGGGCUCGGUGCCGUUCGUCUGGGAGUCGGAGCCCGGCACGCCCAGGGACGCCUCCCGCAUGGUCGGCGGCGCGCUCCCGGCCAUCACCCCGCCGCCGUCCUACCAGCUCCGCCACCACGGCGGCGGCGUCAACGUGUCCCGUCGCCCCAAGGGCGGCACGGCGGCCAAGGGCAGGAAGAAGCGGUACAGGUUCAAGCGCACGAUCAAGGUCGGCUUCAUCGCCGACAUGUUCCGCAGGCUCAGCGUCGGCAAGGCGUGCUGGUGGCGGCCGGGCCCGUCGCCGGCCCAGGUGUCGUCGUCCAGCCGGUGGCUCGUGGCGUCGGAGAAGCCGCACGAGCAGCAGCACGGCCGACACGACGAUCGGGUCCCCGCGGCGAAGAGCGGCGCCGUGGUGUGCUCCGGGGCGCGUCAGCUGAGCCCGUGCUGGAUGCUGCCGUUUCGCGGCGCCGGGAACCGGAACCGCGACGGCGACUAGGCGUACGUAGAUCGGUCUCGGCGUUUCAGGUGCGGCGGAUCCAUCGAUGGAGAUUGAUUAAACACACGAUAUAACUGCGGUUUGUUAGUAGUAUUACUAUACUACUAUUUUCUUGUUAUGAUGAUUGUGAAAGAUGUCAACAGAAUAUGAGUUCUAAAGACUUGAUUA